GUGGCAGGAAUAACUUUUAAAGUAGUCAAUUUUUCGUGAAAAGGGAAAGUGCAAUUCAUAAACACCCACCAAUGGAGAAACCAAGAAUUUGGAAGAGUCAAAAAGAAUGAGAGAAACACGAAACCCCUUUUUAAAUUUAACCCACCAUUUUUCUUGAGCUAUAAAACCUUAUCACACACUCACAUUUUCUCUCUGUUCUUACACACAAUUUACAGUGAGUCAAAUUGAAGAUUCAGUCAAAGGAGAGAGAGAAAGGAAAUAACCAUGGAUUGCUUGCAGUCUCACAGAAAGGAGAUGGUGGGCAUUGCAGUUGCUCUUGCUGCCAUUGGUGUUGGCACUUUCUAUUAUCUUUACAAAUCUAAGUCCAAAUCUAAACGUUGUUUGGACUCUGAAAUGUUCAAGGAAUUUAAGCUUGUGAAACGCACUGAGCUAAGUCAUAAUGUUGCGAAGUUCAGAUUUGCUCUUCCCACAUCAGAUUCAGUUUUGGGUCUUCCAAUUGGUCAGCAUAUAAGUUGCAGAGGAAAAGAUGCUAAUGGUGAGGAUGUCACCAAACCUUAUACACCAACAACAUUGGAUUCAGAUGUUGGGUAUUUUGAGUUAGUUAUAAAGAUGUAUCCACAAGGAAGAAUGUCACACCAUUUUCGUGAAAUGCAAGAAGGUGAUUACCUGGCUGUUAAAGGCCCCAAGGGACGUUUUAAGUAUCAGCCUGGGCAAGUUAGAGCUUUUGGUAUGCUUGCUGGAGGUACAGGAAUUACUCCAAUGUUUCAGGUCAUUAGAGCUAUAUUAGAGAAUCCAACUGACACAACCAAACUUCAAUUAGUUUAUGCAAAUGUCACGUAUGAGGAUAUUCUUUUGAAGGAAGAGCUAGAUAGUUUUGCCCACAAUUUCCCUGACCGAUUCUCUCUAUACUAUGUCCUGAAUCAGCCACCUGAAGAAUGGACUGGUGGAGUUGGAUUCGUAUCUGCGGAAAUGAUACAGGAUCAUUGCCCUGCACCUGCCUCUGACAUUCAGAUCUUGAGGUGUGGACCGCCACCAAUGAACAAAGCCAUGGCUGCUCAUCUUGGAGCUCUAGGAUACACUUCUGACAUGCAAUUUCAGUUCUGAUGCAACCUAUCUACAUAAUAGAAGUAUCAUUGUUCCCCAUUAUUUCUUUGGCCCCCUCCCACGGGACUUAGAGGUCUAAUACAUAAUUUUUUAGUCGUCGAGGACAAAAUUGAUGCAACUUUGAUGAGCCUCAUUUUGAAUGCUGAUUGAUGCAGAUAAACUUUGCUUAAAGCUUAAUUUGAAUCAGAUAUUCUUCUAUA